CUAUAACGAGAAUGCGGAUCGCAACUGGUUGAACGCGACGGGCUGAGCUAACAUCACAAAAGCCUAGCGCAACGCUUGGGCGCCAAGAAGCCAACUAGUUGAUAUUUAGAUAUCAACUUCAGAAUGGGACCAAAUAGAGGAGGUGGCGCAGCAGCACGAGCGCAAAAGAAAGGGGGCGGCGGCGGGCCGAGCAAGAGCGGAGGCGCCGGGGGCAGCGGCGGCAAAGGGGGCGGCGGAGGCGGGGGUAGCAAGGGCGUGAAGGUCGGUGGCAAGGCCAAGGCAGCUCCGGCCAAGAAAGCUGGCGGGGGUGGCGGAGGCGGAGGUGGCGGUGGAGGCGGUGGAGGAGGCGGUGGAGGAGGCGCUGGCGGGGGCAAGGACAAGGACGGGGCCAUCGUCACACAUGGACCCGCAGUGGGCAUGAGUCAGGAAAUGGUUGCUCUGGUGCAACAGACCCUCAACAGCAUCUCCAUAGCUUCCGCACCCGCCGCCGCGGCCGCGGCCGGCGGCAGCGGCGCGCCGGCGGCCGUGCCGCUGGCGGCGGCGGCGGGCGCCGCGCCCCCCGAGGCGUUUGUGACCGACCUCCGCGUGUUGGUGGGCAGCGACAUUGUGAAGAAGGGCUUCAGCGCGGCGCAGGUGGAGGCGGCGUGGGAGGCCACACACGCGGCGGCGGUGGAGUCUGGCGCCUACGACACCAGCUUCAUGAACGCGCGCAAGUCGCGGCAGGAGGCGGUGUUGCAGCGGCUGCUGCUCACGCUGUCGGAGGCGGAGCUGCCGCCCGCCUACCGCACACACCAGCACGGGCACGGACACGGCCGCCAGGGGCAGAAGGGAGGAGGAGGCGGGGGCGGAGGUGGAGGCGGGGGCGGGGGCGGGGGCGGAGGCGGAGGCGGCGGCCAGCAGCAGCAGCAGGCGCAGCAGGCGGAGGCGGGCGGCGGUGGCAAGGGCAAGGGGCGGCGUCAGGCGUCAGGGGCUGCUUCCGGCUCCCCGGCUGACGACGCGGCGGGCGGGGCGGUGCGCUCGCCCGCUGACGUGGCGCGGCAGGGCGCGGCGGAGGCGGUGGCGGCGCUGUGGGCGGCGGGGUUUGACGGCGCCGCCGCCAAGUCCGCGGUGGCGGCGUACGGACGAGACGUGGGCGGCGCGCUGCAGCAGCUGUGCAGCGGGCUCAGGCCGCCGCCGGAGGCCGCCCGCGCCGCCAUGGCCGCCGCCGACGUGUGGGUGGGCGCGGUGCCUGACGUGGCGGCGGCGGAGAUGGGCGCCCUGGCCGAGAUACUGGGGCCGGAGCGGCAGCGCGGCUGCGCGCGCGGCGCCAAGAGGGUGGAGCUGGAGGCGGCGGUGGAGGGCCUGCCGCCGGGGGGCACACUGGAGGCGGAGUUCGACACGGACCGCGGCCUGUACCCCUUCGAGCCGCCCACCUGCCUGGCCUACGUCCACCCGCACCUGCCCUUUGCCGCCACCGCCGCCCUGACCGCCGCCGCCUGGCGCCGAAUGGUGGAGCUGUGCGGGCAGGGCUGUGAGGCUCCGCUGUGGCCGCUGCUGGACUGGCUGCGGGACGAGGGCGCGGCGGUGGUGGCGGCGGCGUCCGCAAAGAUGAACAGGGUCCUGCAACAGAACGGAGUCGAGGCACCGGCGCCGCCGAAACAGCCGGCGGCGGCGCCAGCAGCAGCGGCGGCGGCAGCAGCAGGUGGCAGCGGCGGUAGAGGCUCAGCCGCUGCAGUGGCGGCGCCGGCAGCGGCGCCGGCCACGGUGCCGGUGCCAGCGGCUGCGGCAGCGGCGGCGGCGGCUGCAGACGCGCUUGCCGGCACCCGCCGCGGCGGCAGCGGUGCGCUCGCAGCCAAGGCGCUUGCGGCAGUAGCGGGCAAUGGUGCUACAGCCACAGGGGCGGCGGCGGCUGCAGCGGCUGCUGCUGCCGCUGCUGCGACAGCGCCGGCGGCGGCCGCCAGCAAUGGCCGCGGCGGAAGGGGCGGCAAGAAGGAUCAGCGGCCGGAGUCAGCGCAGCCGCCGCAGGCGUCUCCCUCGCCCGCCCCAGCCUCCACCUCCGCCUCCUCCCGGCCAGUCAGCGCGCCGCCGCCACAGCAGCAGCAGCAGCAGCAGCAGCAGCAGGAGCCGCCGGCGGGCGGGCGGCUGGCGGCGGCGGCAGUAGCGGUGCCGGAGCUGUCUCGCGAGGAGCUGGCGGCGCGGCGGGCGGCGCAGCUGCAGCGGGCGGCGGCGGACGACCUGGCACGCAACGGCGCUCGGCGGUCGGCGGCGCUGGCGGCGGCGCUGGCGGAGUGGCGAGCCAGCAGCGACCCCAAGACCGUGUCCAUGCGGCAGCAGCGCGAGCGGCUGCCCGCGUGGAGCCGCCAGGCGGAGGUGGUGGCGGCGGUGGCCAAGCACCAGGUGGUGGUGAUUGCGGGCGAGACGGGCUGCGGCAAGACAACGCAGGUGCCGCAGUUCCUGUUGGACGCGGCCAUCGACUCGCCGGGCGGCGGCGGCGGCGUGGGUAUCGUGGUGACGCAGCCGCGGCGUAUCUCCGCCACCUCGGUCGCGGCGCGUAUGGCGGACGAGCGGCGCGAGCCCCUGGGGCGCACCGUGGGGUACGCCAUUCGCAUGGAGAGCAACAGGUCCUCCGACACCCGCCUGCUGCUGUGCACCACGGGUGUGCUGGUGCGGCGGCUGAUCGAGGACCCGCUGCUGGCCGGCACCAGCCACGUGCUGGUGGACGAGGUGCACGAGCGCAGCCUGGACUCGGACUUCCUGCUGGUGCUGAUCAAGCAGCUGCUGCCCAAGCGGCCCGACCUGCGGCUUGUGCUCAUGUCCGCCACCGCCAACACCGCCGCCUUCAGCGCCUACUUCGGCGGCUGCCCGGUGGUGGCCAUCCCGGGCUUCACGCACCCGGUGAAGGAGUACUUCCUGGAGGACGUGCUGCGCAUGACGCGCUACACUCCGGAGCCGGGCAGUGAGUACGCCCGGCGGGGGCCGCCCAAGGACGCCCUGGGCGCCAAGAAGGGCAGCGCGGCGCGGGCGGCGGAGGCGGAGGCGGCGGCGCUGGCGCGGCUGCCGGCGGCGGGCUACCCGCCGCCGGUGGUGUCGGCGAUGAAGACCCUGGACCCGGACAAGGUCAACUACGACCUGCUUGUUGCCACCCUGGAGUGGAUCUCCAGCCACGGCGAGGCCGGCGCCAUCCUGGUGUUCAUGCCCGGCCUCAUGGAGAUCAGCCGACUGGCCGAGGCCGCCGCCGCCAGCCCCACACUGCGCGCCGCCACCCGCGGCGGCGCCACGCUGGUGCCGCUGCACAGCGCCCUCGCCGCCGCCAGCACCGACACGGCGCUGGUGUUCGACCGCCCGCCCGCGGGGUGCAGGAAGAUUGUGAUCGCCACCAACAUCGCCGAGACGUCCAUCACCAUCGACGACGUGGUGUGGGUGGUGGACACAGGACGGGCCAAGGAGAACAGGUACUGCCCGGAGACCCACAUGCAGGCGCUUGUGGAGUGUUGGGUGAGCCGCGCCUCCGCCCGCCAGCGCCGCGGCCGCGCGGGCCGUGUGGCUCCCGGCCACUGCCUGCGCCUGUUCAGCCGCCACACACACGAGGCGGUCAUGGAGGAGCACCAGCAGCCCGAGAUGCUGCGCGUGCCGCUGGAGGGGCUGGUGCUGCAGAUCAAGCUGCUGCGUGUGGCCGGCGACCAGGAGCGCGCGGUGCAGGACUUCCUGGCUCGCGCCCUGGAGCCGCCCGGCGAGGAGGCGGUGGGGGCGGCGGUGCGCAGCCUGGUGGGCAUUGGCGCGCUGGAGGGCGGCGGCGGCGGCUCGCGCCUGACUCCGCUGGGGGUGCACCUGGCCACACUGCCGGUGGAUGUGCGCGUGGGCAAGAUGCUCAUCUAUGCAGCCAUGCUGGGCUGCCUUGAGCCGGUGGCGGUCAUUGCUGCCGCCAUGACACUGCGCUCGCCCUUCGUGGCGCCACUGGACAAACGCGCGGAGGCGGACGCGGCCAAGCGCUCGUUCGCGGGCAUGCGCUCCGACGCGCUGGCGGUGCUGGCUGCCUACCGGGCCUGGCAGGCGGCGCGGGACGCGGGUCGGGCGGCGGAGAGGGCCUUUGUGAGCGAGAACUUCCUCAGCGGCCGGACUCUGGCGGGUAUGGCGGAGAUGGUGUCUCAGUUCCGUCGCAUGCUGCGGGAGGCGGGCUUCGUGGGCAGGCCCAACAGCCGCGGCGGCGGGGGAGGAGGCGGAGGCGGAGGAGGCGGCAGGGGCCGCGGCGACAGGGGCCGCGGCGGCGGCGGCGGCGGCGGCGGUGGACGGAGAGGCGGCGGAGGCGGCGGCGGUGGUGGUGGUGGUGGGGAGGAUGAGGACGGUGGGGGCGCCACGGCGGCGGCCAAUGGCAACGGCUCGGGCGGCGCUCCGGCAGUGGACCCAUGUGACGCGCACGCAGACAACCUGCUGCUGGUUCGGGCGGUGCUGGUGGCGGGGCUGUAUCCCAACGUGGUGCGGGUGGAGGUGCCGCCGCCGGGCAAGGCCGGAGGCAAGCGGGAGCCGCGGCUGGUGGCGCAGCUUCAGGCGCCGGGCGGGCGGCAGGAGGAGCGCACGGUGCAGGUCCACCCCUGCUCUGUCAACCACGGCGUGAUCAGCAGCCUGGAGUCGCCCUGGCUUGUGUACGGCGAGAUGGUGGAGAGCAGUGCCGUGUACCUGCGCGACUGCUCCAUGGUCACACCCUACCCGCUGCUCAUGUUUGGCGGACCCAUCUCGGUGCAGCUGGUGGGCACAGGCGGCGCCGCGCCGGCCGGCACUGGCACGGGCGGCGCCGCCAACGCGGCGGGCGUGGUGACCAUGGACGGCUGGAUCCGUCUGGGCUGCGCGCCCAAGGUGGCUGUGCUGUUCAAGGAGCUGCGGGGGCAGCUGGACGCAUUGCUGCAAGACAAGAUAGAGCGGCCCGAGAUGGACCUGUGGGAGCGAGGCGGCCCCGUCAUCAACACAAUCCUGCAGCUCCUCACCACGGAGACGGUGGCGCCCGCGGCGCCGGCGGCGGUGGCGGCCGCGUCAGCAGGCGGCGGUGGGGGAGGGGGCGGUGGCGGAGGGGGUGGAGGGGGUGGUGGAGGGGCGCAGAAGGGCGGCGGAGGCGGAGGCGGCGGCAAGGGAGCGGCGGGCGGCGGCAGGGGCGGCGGCGGCGGCGGUGGCGGGGGCAGGGGUGGGAGCGCAAGGCCGCGCCGGUGAGGGGUGGAUGAUGUAUGUAUGCGUGUGCUGGUGCUGCCAAUGCUGAAGUGUUGUGUUUGCAAAGAGGCGGGUUGCUGCGUUUUAUGUGGCGGUGCUGCAUGUUGGCAUGUGUUCUGAAGCAAGAGGGGCGAGGGACAAUUCGAGUGAGUGCGGACGAAUCGCGGGGGGGCGCGAGACCGAGGGGACAGGCAAUGCGUUGUUGUUACGUGACUCGUGUGGACACAUGAGUGGCGAGGCGGUGGCUUUGACUUGUGUGAUGUACUUGCAGCAGGGAGGGUGCAGCUGGAGCAGUGAUCAUGCAAGCUGGGACGGAGUGUGGGCGUGGUGAUGCAAGGUAUUGCGGCUCGGUCCUCCCCCUUUGCUCCGCUAGUUUAACUUGGAUUGGUUUAGUUUGGGCUGGUGUUUACAACCCCCACCCCGCUGGCGCCACACACGCGUGCCUGCAGUGCUGCUUGCAUGGCAAGGGCAAACGGGGAAGGGUGUAGGGCGGCAAGCGCGGCUUCUGCGGUGCUGUGUGCUGUGUGAUGUGGCGGCGAGAGCGGAAGCACCGUGCACCGUGGUGUGGGAGGCGAGCGCAGUUCGGAGCUACCGGGCCUUUGGCUUCUGGACUUCUACCGUAUUAACGAAGACGAGUUACUAUUGCGUGUCGGGGAAGGCCUGCACCCUGAGGUACUCUACAAAACUGCUCCGCACUCUGCAAGCUGCUUCCUAGGCCCAGGUCCCAGGGCGCUCCUCGCCGUACCCCUUGCAAAUGCGCCGUCCUCCCUGCGCGCGUUGUCCGGCAAGCUGCACGGUUCGACAAAGGCUCGAACGCGGGGGAAGCUUCCUUUCACUGUGCAUCUGCGUGCACUGCAAUAACUGCAUAGCGAUGCGGCCAUGAAGGCACGGCGUGAAAUGAAUGGCGCUGGGUUCCAGUUGCUGGCGGAGGGUUUAGUUAAUGGACCCCCGCGUGUUUGUCCUGGAGCAGCGUGAGUGCCAGGGGAGGUGACACUCCCCUGGUGAGUGCUGCAUCUACGACGCAUGGCAUCCAGUUGAGCAGAUUGCAGGUCGUGGGGAUUUACGAGCCAACGUGCAGAAUACGUGUAACUAACGUUCGAG